CCGCCCCCCAGCCCCGCUUGCCCGGUCCCUCAGAUCACGGCCGAGCAGCGUGUGUCAGAGCCCUGGCAGACGUGGGAGCGAGCCUCGGGUCGCCACCGCGCCCGGGUGUGGCGCUCGGUCGGGCUCGGAGAAGCGGAGAGUCUGGCGCUGAGCAGCCUCAGGAAGUGGCCCUGCAGGUGAGGAGCAGGAGUUUAUGUCCGAGUCGGAUGGUCACUUGCACAGCGGCGGUCGGGGGAGUGGGGAAGAGGGCAGGCCCACAGCGCUGAGCCGGAGAAGCGUGCCAUCUUCCCCUGGUGCAGGAUGGGCCCUAUGGGCAAGCAGAGCCCCUCACCCGUGCCAGCCCCCGCGGGAGGGUCUUGCCUCCUCCUCCUCUUCUGCCUGCGCCUGGGCACCUCCUGUCCCCAGAGCUGCCAGUGCCCUGACCACGAAGGGGCAGUGGCCGUCCACUGCAGUGGCAGCGGCCUGCAGGAGGUCCCCAAGGACAUCCCCACCAACGCUGUGCUCCUGAAGCUCGACGCCAACAAAAUUGCCCGCGUCCCCGACGGAGCCUUCCAGCACCUGAGCCAGCUGAGGGAGCUGGACUUGUCUCAGAACGCCAUCGAGACCAUCGGGCCGGCGGCCUUCUCGGGCCUGGCCGGGGGCCUGCGGCUGCUCGACCUGUCGCACAAUCGCAUCCGCAGGAUCCCCAAGGACGCCCUGGGCAAGCUCAGCGCCAAGAUCCGCCUGUCCCACAACCCCCUGCACUGCGAGUGCGCCCUGCAGGAGGCCCUGUGGGAGCUGAAGCUGGACCCCGACUCGGUGGACGAGAUCGCCUGCCACACCUCGGUGCGGGAGGAGUACGUGGGGAAGCCGCUGAUCCAGGCGCUCGACGCCGGCAUCAGCUUCUGCAGCACCCACCACAAGACCACCGACGUGGCCAUGCUGGUCACCAUGUUCGGCUGGUUCGCCAUGGUGAUCACCUACGUCGUGUACUACGUGCGCCAGAACCAGGAGGAUGCCAGGAGGCACCUGGAGUACCUGAAGUCGCUGCCCAGCACCCCCGUGUCCAAGGACCCCCUCAGCCCCGAGCCCUAGUGCCUGCUGAGUCUCAUUGCUGUGCGGCAGGUGGUGACUGACGCAUGCUUCUGGUGCUCCCUCGGCCAGGUGGCAGUCACAGCCGCUUCCGUGCAGGGCGCGCUCUGACAAAACACGUCCCCCAGUGGCACUGGGUCACUGCGGUGCCCUUCCAUUGGGUACGGUUGACGCCAGGCCCACCAACGGGGGGAGAGAGUGAUGCUUGGAGAAAUGCAGUCACUUGCCCGUGGUGACACGGUCAGGGGACGGUCCAGUCGGGACUUAACACUAGGCCAUCGGUCACGAUGGCCCUUCCACUUGGCAUGCCUCUCCCACGUGGCGCCCGGGGGAGCAAGUGUGUUCAAAGGAGGAAGGCUCGUGUCCGAGGGUGUGAGUGUCCCCCGUGGAGGACUGGGGUGCAGACUCACCUGUGGAAGGCACAGGUGACCCAACACUGUGGAACGGCCUCACCCUCGUUUCCCUCGUGUUGCCCGGACCCGUCUGACCGCAGCACUCUUUCCAGAACUCAGCGGUAGAGCCCGGAUUGUUCUGGAGAGGGAAGUGAGUGAAAGGGGUUGCUCAAACUGACCUUUGAACAACGCUGUUUAUUCUCGGAAUGUUUGCGAAGAGAAACACUUGUGCCCAAAUUCCAGCCCCGUGAGAGGGG